AUGAGCACAAUGAUAACGAACAUGCCUUUCAGCACCUGGCCAGGUAUUUGUGGAUUUGGUAUUCCAUAUCCUAUGAUCAUGCCUGUAAUGGUGCCAACAAUACUUAAUUUUGGUGAGAUAAUCAGCAGAAACCAGGGAAACCGAUCGUUUGCACAGUUUGGUGGAGGUGAUAAUGCAAGGGAUUCGUUUUUCAUAAAUAAAGAUAUGCGCACCUCAUACAGAAGAGGUUAUGAUCGCUCCUGGAACUGUGAGGAAGGUAGAUAUCGUCCAAUUGAGUGCAACAGAGAGUUCGAUUAUAAUGACAAUUUCGAAGAAAGCAUUAACUUGCAAAAUCGAAAUACUUUUGGCCAAACAUUUCAUCGAAAUAAUGGUUGUUGGGGUAGACGAGGAGAGAGAAAUACUGCAAACAGAGGUUGUCGAUCUGGAAAAUACGGUCCUCAUAUUAACACUGACGAUUUGAAUGCAGUUCACGAAAACUUUUCUUCGGACGGUCCUGAAUAUGCCAACCCUGAUAUGGAGAAUAAGAGAAGCGAACCAAUUAUUUGUUCAGAAAGCAGCGAACAGGAAUUACCACCGCAACAAAACCAACAUGUAAAUCCACUCGCAGAUUUUGACAAGAACACAACCGGAAAUGAAUCUUAA